AUGGCGAACAUGAUCCAGCCACAGAUUCCGAAGCUGAUGAAGACCAAUUACGACAACUGGAGUAUCCAGAUGAAAGUCUUGCUCGGCUCGCAAGACUUGUGGGAUCUCGUAGAGAAUGGCUACACUGAACCGGAGUCACCUGCAGCAGAAGCAACUCUCACCGCCACUCAGAAGAGUGAGUUGAAGGAGGUCAGAAAAAGAGACAAAAAAGCUUUGUUCCUAAUAUUCCAAGGCGUAGAUGAAUCUGCGUUUGAGAAGAUUUCCAAUGCCCUGUCCUCUAAAGAAGCAUGGGAGAUUUUACAAAAAUCCUAUCAAGGUGCGGAAAGAGCCAAAAAGGUACGCCUCCAAGCAUUAAGAGUUGAAUUUGAAAAUUUGAAGAUGAAAGCUACAGAAUCAAUAUCGGAUUAUUUUAGUAGAGUUCAGACAAUAACAAAUCAAAUGAAGAGAAAUGGAGAAGCAAUUAAUGAUGUAAGAAUUAUGGAGAAGAUACUUAGGACUUUAGACUCUAAAUUCAAAUAUAUUAUUCCGGCAAUACAAGAGUCUAAAGAUCUUUCCGAAGUAUCUAUUGAUGAGCUGCAAGGUUCUCUGCAAGCUUAUGAACAAGAUAUAAACAUUAGUUCAAAUCAAGCGGAGAAUCUAGAACAAGCCUUGCAGAGUAAGAUGACUAUCAAAGAAGAUAGUCGAAGAGGACGUGGAGGCUACAGAGGCAGAGGCUCAUUUCGAGGUGGCUCAAACUUCCAGCAAGGUCGUAGGAGACAGUACCAAGGAGGCCAUGAAAAUCAAGAUCGAAAUAGAGAUCGUGAACGAUCAUUCGAUCGAGGACGAGGUCGUGGCACACGAGGACGAGGACAAGGAAGAAGUUACCAUGAGGACAGAUCUCAACCACAGUGUUACAAAUGUAAGAGAUACGGUCAUCUCAGCUACGAAUGUUGGGAGAAAUCAAAUCAAGUGGCAGAAAUAAGUAACUUUGUAGAAAGGGAGAAGGCAGACACUUCAACAGUCCUGCUGACAUACCAGGAGAGCGAAAGCAAGAAUAAAGAUAUCUGGUAUCUAGAUUCAGGUGCCAGUAACCACAUGUGCGGCAUCAAGGAGUUCUUUACCGAGCUGAACGAGAUGGUACAAGGAGAUGUCUCACCUUUGGAGAUCAGUCAAAGAUUCCAGUGA